AUGAAGUUUUCCUCUCAAGUGCUUUUUUCUCAGUUGCCUGUUGUCAUUCUUUGGUAUCUCGCCAUAGCUAUCAGCUCUCAACGAUAUGGUUAUGCUAUCAGCCUACCACAUUUUGAAAAUGUACCAGCAGUCAUUGUGUUUGGGGACUCUAUAGUUGAUACAGGCAACAACAACUACAUCACCACCCAAGUUAAGUGCAAUUUCUUACCUUAUGGUAGAGACUUUGGUGGAGGAAAUCAACCAACUGGAAGGUUCAGCAAUGGUUUAGUCCCCUCAGACAUCAUAGCUGCAAAAUUUGGAAUCAAAAAGCUUUUGCCGCCUUAUCUUGAUCCAAAUUUGCAACUUCAAGAUCUCCUCACAGGUGUAAGCUUUGCCUCCGGUGGUGCUGGAUAUGAUCCUCUAACUUCUGAAUUAACAUCUGUGAUAUCACUAUCAGAUCAAUUGGACAUGUUCAGGGAGUACAAACAGAAGAUAAAGGAAGCAGUUGGAGAGAACAGAACAACAGCAAUAAUAUCUCAGAGCAUAUACAUAGUGUGCAUGGGAAGUGAUGACAUUGCCAACACUUACACUCAAUCACCAAUUACGCGAGUACGCUUUGAUAUUCCAUCUUACACGGACUUAAUGGCUUCACAAGCCUCAAACUUCUUACAGGAGCUUUAUAGAUUAGGAGCUAGAAGGAUAGGAGUAUUUGGUGUGCCAGCAAUAGGGUGUGUGCCCUCACAGAGAACAAUGCAUGGAGGCAUUCAUAGAACAUGUUCAGAUUCUGAAAACCAAGCAGCAAUCCUCUUCAACACCAAGCUCAAAUCUCAAAUGGAUGCCCUUCAAAACAAGUUUCCAGAGACUACGCUUAUCUACCUCGAUAUUUACAAUCCAUUACUCUAUCUUAUUCAAAAUGGUGCUAAAUAUGGAUUUGAAGUAACAGACAAAGGAUGCUGUGGCACAGGAGAUAUAGAAGUAAGCAAAAUGUGCAACCGUUACAGCCUAAAGACAUGUUCUGACUCCUCAAGCUACAUAUUCUGGGAUAGUUACCAUCCUACGGAAGAGGCCUAUCAUGCGAUUUGUUCUAUAGUACUUGACAACAAAGUCAAGGACUUCUUCUGAUAGCAAUUUCAGUCUCAUGAAUUUUCUACUUCUAAA